AUGUUCGACCUCAGCCAUUUCUCCCACAGCGAUCUCCCACAGCGCGGUCGCCGUCGUUCCAUGGUGCUGGAAAUUCAGAGCGUGAGCGGUCAGCUCUUGGAGCUGGAUGUUAUGUGUGGCCAAAAGAUCUUCGACGUGAAGCAGCUCAUCGAGGGAAAGUGGGGAAUCCCACCCAGCUGCCAACGGCUUCUGAGAGAAAGUGAAGAAUACUCAGAUAGCUACGCCUUGCAAGAGAAGGAUUUGCAUCAGGACCUGCUUUGUUUGAUUUCCCUCCAGAAGCUAUGCCUACAACUCAACAGCUCCGGCUCCUGCGCCCGCGCAGAGGCCCUGCAGGAGCUUCGAAGGCUGCGGGGACAUCCGGCGGCACGCGACGCGGCGCUGAAAUGCUUGGAGGACGUGAAUGCCUACGUGCGGGCCUCGGCGGUGGAGGUGAUCCUUCAAGUCGCCGCCGAGGGAGAUCCGGAGGUGCUGGAGGCGGCGGAAGGGAUGCUUCAUGACCAGCCUGUACUGGCCUUGAAGCUCCUGGCUGCCCUGAGCCAAGGUGAAAGCUCCGGGCUGAAGCGCGUGCAGAGCUAUCUGACUUCCGCCGAGACGCGGCUAAGACGCGCAGCAGUACAAGCGUUGGCAGCCGCAGAUGCUGGUCGUGCUGAUCUUUUCACAUCGAUGUUGCAAGAUCCGGACCGAGAUGGUUUUGAGAACGUACGGCUGCUUGCUUUGCGCGCCUUGCAGAAGAUGUCGAUGAAGGAACCAGAUGUCGAGAUUCACAUCGUUCCACAGCUCUCGGAUCCCAACGGCCACAUCCGCACGGCGGCUGGAGAGAUUCUUCUCAGCUGUGGCAGGACCUACCGGAUGAUCAAAGGGCUACUCGUGCAGCUAGAGGCAGCCAAGACGCCAGAGGUUCGAAGGUCGUUGCGCUGGGUGCUGGGCGAGAUGUUGCUGGGGGCCGACGACGGGGAGAAGGAAGAUAUCGUGCUGGUGCUUCUCAGGCUGCUCCAAGCCUCCGACCCCGACUUGCAGCAUUCGGCGGCCGUGUUGCUGCUACCACUGGUGGGAUCAAGUGAGGUGAUUGGACAACUGAAUAGAGGUCCAGGUGAGUCUCAGAAAACUUGCCUGGAAAUUUGGAAGGUGGCACUGGAUUGGCUUGAGAGUACAGGGAAAGAGGUAGAGGUCAUGCGACUUCACGUCCCAAGAGCUUUGCAGCUGGCGGGCCCUGUCGCCAAUCCAGGAUAUCCAGGCGCCUUGGGGGUCCUUGGGGUGGCCUUUGCCAUCAAGGAACCGUGGUGCCUCUGCGUGCCUUGUGCAGUGAUGCGUGCCUGUGUGGCGCUGCCAAAAGGGACGCUGACGAUCUGCUUGCAGCUGUUCGACCUAAGGGAACCGCCAGAGGAUGUUGAUGCUGACCUCUCCCAGCUGGUUGCGCCUUCAGACGGUUUUCUGCUCAGGCUGCAAGGGCUUCCGGCGUUGGACAAGGCCUUGGACAGGAGCUGUGAGCGACUUCGAUUGAGAUUGGACAGCGUUGAAACCAGCCUGGACCUCGCAAGGUCCAACGACUCGGUGGUGUACCAGUUUCCUUUGGUGGACAGCUGGGAAGAUCUUAACGAGGCUUUGUCUGAUCUCCACGUCUGCUUACAACUCGAGGAUGAGACGUCCAACUUGGAGAUUCCCCUGGAUCUGUCUGAUUUGAUCGCCACGCUGGGUGAGUCCAAUGGCUCCGAUGAUGUCUCAGUCGAGGUUCGAAGUGCUCCAGUGAUGUCCUUUCAAGGAGGGUUUCCAUUUCUGGCAACCAUCAGUCGCAACCAGACCGCCCCCCGUGAAGCUCCGAAGGAUUUGGACAUUUGGGACAGAGGUGCACGGCUGCUGGCUGUGGGGCCCAGGCACUGGCGUUUCUCGAUUGAAAUCCGCUCGGUGAGGCUAACGGAGCGUGGUGCCAACGUCUUUGUCAGCUACAGCUAUCCGCCGCUGAAGCAGCCACGGCCCUUCCGCACCAAUCCGCCCAACCUGCUGAGAAAAAAGGCGACGGUGUCGAUGCCUCAUUCCUUCGCGGCCUACACGUUGACUUCGAACUUCGAUGACUUGCAGGCCGGACUGGAGGCGUCGCCUUUGUACCUGGAGGUGUGGCAUCGAGAUUUGUACCGGAAGGACAGCGUGGUGGGCAUCGCCGAGGCAGAUCUGAGCAUUGGACGCAGCCGCUUUGUUCGGGUAAUGGAUGACGAAGACAUCGAAGAGACCGAUUUCAUCGAGGACGUGGAGGAAGACCAGGAGGAGGACAACAGUCCGGACCGUUCAGUGCCGGAAGGAGCCAAUGAGCUGGAGGAGGAGGAGGAGGAGGAGGUAGUAGAAGCAGAUGCGGCUUUGGAGAAGUACAAGGUUUGCUUCGAUGAGAGCCUGGACAAAGUGGAAUUUCCUGCUGACACAGUGGCUGAAGUACAACAGACUUGGCAAGCCUUCUUGGCCCACGCAGCUUCACAAGAAGCUGCGGGCGAGCUGCUUUUUAAUGCUUGGUGGGAAGCUGCCCCAAGCUUGCACAGUGCCUUUGUGUCUCCUCAGAAAGUUCUUCAUUUGCGACUCUUCUUGGGCUUCAACGCUGUAGUUGCUAACCUGGGCAAUCCGUCUGCAUUGAAGAUAGAAGCUGAGCAGAUCGCCUUCCGACACCUCGAUCGACCAGUGAAGCCGGCUUUCGUGGACAUCUUCCGAGAAGCGGCGGUCGAGAUGCUCGAGGCUGAACUGACACCUGCGCACUUCAAUACUCGCGCACGAGUGGGCUGGCAAGCUCUUCUGAACUACUUGGGAGGUGCCCUCUGCUACGUGAGCCGCGAAUAUUCUGGGCGCGUGAAGAUCAUUCUGCGCAGUUGGCGAACGGCCAACAACAUCACCGAGGAAAAAGAAAAGGAUCCGGAAGCGGAGGAGGAUGAAGCAGAGGAAGAGGAGAAGGAAGAGGAGGCGGCCGAAGCAGUGACACCCAAGAAGUCGUCGUCGAAAGAUCUGGAGGUCACCAGCGAAACGGGACGGGUCAGUGAUGGCAUCAAUUUGAAAGAGAGAACUGGCAAAGACAUGAAGGUCCCAACCACCUUCAAGGAGAUGUUCCUCUUCAAUGCCGCAGUCAUGGGCUUUGGCAAUAGCAAUUGGAUGAGUAUCAUUCUGGAGCAGUUUGAUGCAAUGGUCAUGAACAUUGCCAACUCCCAUCGCCUCUCAGAGGAAUGCGACGUGCUGUCAUUGGUUCUAGCCAAAGAAGAUGAGGCUUCUAUCCAUUUGGUAGAGUUUCGCUCCGUGAUGCUGGCGACCCUGCGGUCCUUAUGCCCCAAAGACUGGGAUACGGACCACGAG